AUGGAAAAUGUUUUUCUGAGAAUUUUAUUCGUGCUAACUAAUGCUGCUAUAUUUAUUGGAACAAUUGUACUUAAUGUAUUGGCAAUUGUUUAUAUUCGUUCGAGACGAGACAAAACAUCAAUUGCUAUACUUGUUGUUAAUUUGGCAAUUGCAGACAUGAUUCAUGCAAUGGGUAUUAUCUUUUUCAGUAGUAAUUUACUUACACCGAGUUGGAUAUUUGGAGAAUUUGGUUGUAAAUUUAGUUUAACUAUCGAUGUUCUUUGUACAGUGGUUAUUGUCUAUACAGUGGCAGCGUUAAGUGUGGAACGCUAUAUUGAUGCUCGUUCAAAAUUAGCAACAAAAUUUCGUCUAGUAAUUACCUUUAUAUCCCUAUUGGUUAUAUGGACAGUUGGUUUACUAUUACCCUAUCCAUUUAUUUUUUAUACAUAUCUUUAUGAUCAAGCUAAUAGUACAAAUAAGAAUGCCACAACAUUAACACCAAUAUUAACAUGCCGUUCAGUUCUAUCUGAACGUGCUUUAUUGAUCUAUGAAAUAACUUUAUACAUAAUUGCUUUUAUUAUCCCAUAUUCAAUAAUUGUUUUAUUUUCCUUGAAAUUACUUCGAUUUUUACAUCAAUGGUUGAAUCGUAAACGAAAAUUAACGCGUGCAAUGAUAACAAAAAGACGAACACGAGGCGUUAAACUUGUACUAUGCAUUGUUCUAUCAUUUUUAAUAUGUUAUACACCAUUUUGGAUAUUUAAAUUUUAUACAAGUUUUCUCCUGGACGAAACAAUACGACGUCGACCGCUAUUAAAACGUUUUCUUAAAUAUGCACAUCAACUUGUUGUGUUACUUAGUCAUAUUGAAGGCAUACUUAAUCCAUUAUUUUUUAUUGUGUUAACUGAACAUUUUUGUGUCACAUUUUCGAAACAUCGACAAAAAACUAUGAAUUAUUUUGGAACGCGAUCAUCGCUAACACCACAUCCUAGCGGAAGAAAACUGUCGACUGUAAAUGGUCAAACUUCAACGCGUAGGAUCACAAUAACAGCAGCAAAUACUGAAAUUAAUGUUCUUGUAGCAUCACAUCCAAAUCUUUUUGAAGGAAAUGAAACGAUGCACAGUAAUGCUGGAUUUCAGAUGUUGGCAAGAGACGGACAAUCAUACGCAAAAAAUGCUUUCCAAAACUCAUCUGAGAUUAUAUGA